AUGGUCGCUCAAGUUCAAAAAACCGCUCCUACUUUCAAGAAAACCGCUGUCGUGGACGGGAUCUUCGAAGAAGUCUCCCUAGACCAAUACAAGGGGAAAUACGUCGUUCUAGCAUUCGUCCCAUUAGCCUUCAGUUUUGUCUGCCCAACUGAAAUUGUAGCCUUCGCUGAUGCUGCCAAGAAAUUCGAAGCAAUUGGCGCUCAAGUUCUUUUCGCUUCCACUGAUUCUGAAUACUCUUUGUUGGCAUGGACAAAUAUUCCAAGAAGUGAAGGUGGUCUAGGCCCUGUAGAUAUUCCACUAUUGGCAGACACAAACCACUCAUUGUCUAGAGAUUACGGUGUCCUGAUUGAAGAAGAAGGUAUUGCUUUGAGAGGUCUAUUCAUUAUUGAUCCAAAACGUAUCAUUAGACAUAUUACCAUCAAUGAUCUAUCAGUUGGUAGAAAUGUAGACGAAGCUUUGAGAUUGGUGGAAGGUUUCAAGUGGACCGAUGAAAAUGGUACCGUCUUACCUUGUAACUGGACUCCAGGUGCUGCUACUAUCAAGCCAGAAGUGGCUGCUUCAAAGGAAUAUUUCGAAGAAGCUAAUAAGAAUUAA